AUGGCUGUCGAAAAACUAUUUACUAUACCUGCUACUACUCCUGACGUUGGUCAAAUGCUUGUGAGUUAUUUGGCUAAGGACAGAGAACUUAACGGAAUGGUGAAAAGAAAAAAUGAGUCUUAUCUUAGCCAUGAAGUACAAAAUGAGUUACUGAAACUGAUGUCCAAUGCACUUUUAAGAGGGAUUGCUAAUACUCUUCAGAACACAAACUUCAUAACAGUAAUGAUAGAUGAGUGCACUAAUAUAAGCAACACAGAACAGGUUGUAAUAGUUUUACGUUGGGUAAGUGAUGAACUUCUAGCUAAUGAAGAACUCAUAGGCCUUUAUGAGGUUUCUUCUAUUAAUGCCAGCUCUCUAGUUUCUGUAGUGAAGGACACAUUACUACGAUUAAACUUAAGUUUCAACAAAGUAAGGGGCCAAUGUUACGAUGGUGCCAGUAACAUGAGUGGUGCAAAAAGUGGUGUAGCCAAACAGACUCUAGAUGAACAACCUAAAGCUUUUUAUACCCCAUGUUACAGCCAUUCCUUAAACUUGGCAGUUGCGGACGCUAUGAAAAAGUGCAGUACAUUGAAGAAAGCCCUCAAUACUACACAUGAGAUUACUAAAUUAGUGAAGUAUUCUCCAAGAAGGGAGUCUCUGUUCAAAAGCAUCAAAGGGGAUAUUACACCAGGCAGUCCUGGCAUUCGUGUACUUUAUCCAACAAGAUGGACAGUGAGAGCUGACUCAAUGCAAAGCAUUAUUCAAAACUACUCUAUCCUUCAGGAACUUUGGGAGAAAGCAGUUGAAAUUCUCAUUUUGGGAGAAACACUUCUUCGAAACACUGACAAUUUAAGUAGAACUCUUCAGAAAAAGGAAUUUUCUGCUGUUGAAGAUCAACUGGUAGCUACAAUGACUAAGAAAACCCUUUUUGCUCUUAGAAAUGAAGAAAAGUUUGAUCUGUUUUGGGCAAAACUAGAAAUCCUCAGCAAUAACACUCCUGCAGAUAUAAAAGAUAUCUCGGGUGUUAAAACUUACCUACAAAAUCUAUCAACUUUUGAAAAAGAACUGCUAUCAGAGGUUAUUGUUUUAAUGAAGUUGAUUCUUGUUAUGCCAGCUACAAAUAGCACAAGUGAGAGAUCGUUCAGUGCUAUGCGCCGUAUUAAGACCUAUCUCAAAUCAACAAUGACUCAGGAGCAAUUAAAUAGUUUAAUUGUACUUCAUGCACAUAAUGACCUCACAGACAACCUUUCUCUUACAGAUAUAGCUAAUGAUUUUGUGAGUAAAAGUGAACGAAGAUAUCAAGUGUUUGGACAGUUUUAA